CGUCCCUUCUUGUAGGGGGCACUGACGCUUGUUUAUUGAAAACAGAAAGCUUGAGAAAAUGUCGAGGUACAACCAAGUACCUCAGCUGAUUUUUAUUUAUUAAUUUGAUAAUUCUGUUUUGUACACAAAUAUUGUGAUUGACAACGAAAGUUGUAACCAUACAAAAGCUAUUUAGUACGGUGGUACAUAAAAUAGAAAAACAGAAAUCCGAAUUUUUGUUUUUUUUUUCUUCCUCCUGACAUUAGUCAUGUCGACAACCUGGAUUUCUGGUCUGUUUACUGAACAGACAAAAUUAAAGGCUUGUCGUUACCUUCUUCAUCAUUAUCUUGGCGAAUUACUCAAAGACAAUGUAUCCCUUGAACAGCUUAGUGUCGAUAUAUUUAAAGGGAAAGGAACCAUUGAACACCUUAGUCUGGAUGAAGAGUUUAUCAACCAAUGGCUGAAGACCUACUCAGUACCUGUAGAGUUAGUAAGCAGUGUUAUUGAUGAAAUAACAGUUUCCAUACCAUGGUCAACAUUGCUAGGGAGCAGCACCCUAUUUGAGGUUCAUGGAUUGAAACUAGAACUCAGACCAAAAUGCCGCUCAGAAAAUGGGCCUUCAUUUGAAGAAAUGGUUUCAAGUAUAACAAGUAUGACAUCUAGCUUGCAGAUGGCUGAAGAGAUGCUUCGAAAUGAAAAAAUUAGUGAAGAAAACACCAAAUAUAAUGGUGCAAAUACUUUUGCUGACACUAUUGAUUCUGUGUUAUCAAGAGUGAAAAUAAGUGUUCACGACAUAUCUAUUUGCCUUGAUCAUAUCCUAAAAGAUUCUGGAAAUCAAAAGGCAAGAUUAGAGAUGAGAAUACAACGAAUGGACUUUUUUGAUGAUAUGGCAGUGAACGAAAGUGUUGCAACUGAUCCUUCUGGCAGGAAAAAGUGGGAGCCUUCAGCUAUUGCUUGCAAAAAUUUCAAGUUGUCUGGAGUGACAUUUCAUAUAGAAGAGUGUGUAGUUCAUCCAGACGAUUUGUACAACACAUCACAUAGCAGCUCGAGUGACUCUUCAACACAACUGUUUGAAUCUGCCCACAAUUCCCCUCCCCUAUGCAAAUCCAGUUCUUUGAAUAGUCCUGAUGUGUUAACUCAACAGCCACUGUCUUUGAAUGCAAUUACAUCCAGUGGCAUACCUUCAGUUCAUGUUGCUGCUCUCUCUGGAAUUACUGAAGUUAAAAUGAAAAUGAAACAAAAUGAAGCUGUUGCAGGACCGAAGCUGGAAGUUGACCUUCAAGUUGGAUCUCUAGAUAUUUUAAUGGGUCCCCGUCAAGUUCAUGUGCUCUUAGAGAUUCUAUCUUGUUUCACAUCAUCAGCUUCAUCAGAAUAUAGUCCCAGUCGUCUUUCUGCUACUACAAAUAAACCAAUGAAACAAACAGAUUAUUUACGUGUGGAACACCAGCUCCAAAACCAUCUUCUCUCCAACCGUUUGAUGCCUCAUCUGACCAAUAUGUCAGAUGCUCCUGAAGAAGUACUCAUAAGCUCCCAUGGGCCAGAUGACUUUGUUUCUGGAGAUGAAAUGUAUUAUUCCUUGAAAGCAAGUAAUAAAAGUGCCACAAUUGGUUCUGACAUGGAGUCUUCAUUUAGUAGUAAUACGAGUGAAAAGUCAACAUCCACAGUUUCUAAUGCAAGCACUGGAAGACCUCGGUCAGGUUACAAUCAAAAUAUAAAAGAUCCAACACAAAAGCUUCUGGAUGAUCCUUCUGUAGAACUGUCCAAGUUCCGUAUCAAGUUGAGCUCUUUAACCAUGACAAUUUUACAUGAAAAUCCAGCUGUUAGCCCUGGAGCCACCAACGAACCAUUUGAUAAAUUUACAAGUCUAUCAACUAACUUCUUUAGCAAAAUUCGGACAGUUCUUGGAGACACAUUUCACAAUAAUAUGAAAGAUAUCCGCAGUAAAAUCUCUAUUGCUUGUCCAUAUGAUCACCUGGGUUUGAUAUGUCGAUCUAUAGUCCUUGACUCUAGUCAGAAGUCAUCAAGUAACCACCACAGCAUGGCUUUAGACUGUUCCAUUGUAUUGAUGGAUGUUGUGGAAUGUUUGUUUGAUCGAGGGAAUAGUACAGCUUCUUUGCACGGCUUUACUUUACCUAUUGAUCACAAAUUACCUGAAUAUUGUGAGCUUUUGACCUUUGCUAAACACUCUCCUCCAAAUAUGGGUUCCAAGUCAAUGUAUAAUAGUUUCCACUAUCAAAAUCCAGCUCUAAAACUAUCUGCUGUCAGCGUCAACAGAACAAAGUUUUCUCAACAGCGGUCCACAAUACCCAAGACAGAACUGUCCUUUGAGUUGGGUCAGUUUACAUCUGAAGUUGACAUAACAAUUGUUGAUCGAAUAAACAGCUUAUUGAAAUCAGAUCUUGUGCGGCCGCCUGAUCAAAAUAUCAAUAGUGGGCUGCGAUUUGUUCCUACAAGUCCAUAUGCCAGUUUUACAACACAGGCAUUAUAUGAAGGGUCCACUACAGAAGAAAAUAGAGUUUCAUUGAAAGUUGGCAGUUCAUCAUGUAUACUUCGAGUCAGAUUCCCUAUUCCUGACUUACGCAGUGAACCACAGGUAGAUCGUUUGCCUUGGUGGAAACGGAAUUUACGCCAAGAGGUACUUGUUUUGAAGCUAAAUGGUGCAUCAUUCCACACUAUCUUAAAUUCAAAUGACAGCAGGAAAAUAUAUGAAUUGAAAUGCCAUUCUUUGAAUGGAAGUCUUGAAGAGAGUCCAGAUUCUUCUCCAGUCCACUUCAUUACAGUUGAACCAGAAGAUGAGUCUGCACAUAGUUAUGGAUUCAAUUGGCCCCGAAUGGUUAUCACACAGACACAAGAACUUAACUCACUUUUAGAAGAAGAAAACAAUGAGUCAGAUGAAAGUACAAACUUUGACUCUUUGAAUGGAGCUUGUCAGUUUAAGAAGCCAGAACCAUCACCAUUCUCUACAAAGAAGUUCAUGUAUCAUAAAGAGGAAGUUUCUGACAAAAGCGAAGUGAAAAAUGUCAGUGAAGAGCUUAUAUUACCUGGUGACAAGGAAGAAUUAAAAGAAUUCCAAGAUAAAACAUCUGCAAAUUCUUGCUUACUCUUUGAAAUAACUGUUCCCAGUGGAAAUGUCACUUUCCCAGAUAAGCAGUUUUAUGAACUUUUAUAUAACAGAAUCAGUAAUGACUUAUUGUUAUGGGAACCAACAGCACCAUUUCCUCUUUCCACCCAAGAGCAAAGUUUAUUGCCAGGUCAAACUCUAGAUAACACUUUUAGAGUGCAGUACCUUCAUCCUGACUAUAUGUCAGAACCACGCAGCAGUACAAUGGACUCAGAGAGUGAUUCUGAUGAAAGUCAAAAUAUGAACAGCUUUCCUUCUUUAGGUCAGCGCAAUUUUCAUUCUAAACAAAGUACAGAACGUCAGCUGCAGAGUAAACUGUCAUUAGUGUUGAACAUAAGUAAAUGUAAAGUCCAUGUCACUUCACAGAUUCCACAAGAUGUGACAAAUGAAACCAAUUAUAACAGUGAAUUAUCUAUUACUGCUAAGGAUGCUAUUCUUUUCAUGGUUGUCAGUUAUAAUAGUGACCCUGACCUUCAAUUUAUUUGCUUCCAAUCAAACAAAAUAGAUCUUUUCCAUAGCCCUCCUGUAGAAAGUAACCUAUCUCAGUUUAUGAGUACAAGUCCUCAAAUGACAUCAUCUACUGAAAAGAAGCCAUCUAGUGUAGCAGAUCUCCUACCUACUAUCUAUAAAUCAGAAUUUACUUUUGACAAAAGCAGUCGUCCUGUUGGAUGUGGUCCUGAUUCUCUUGAUAUGUUGUCUAUUGCUGUCAAAGUGAAAUUAGAUAACAAGAUGGAUACCUUUAAUUACCCAGCAAUGAAGGAAUUCACUAUUGCUAUUGGUGUUCAAGGUGCCACAUUGAAACACAGAAUGACACCAUCAGAGGAGAGUUGGUUUUCUCAGGCACUGGACUUUUUAAAUGUAGCUGACUUUCCCAUAAAUGGUUAUGUUCAACCCAAGAUCCUUACUCAACUACAUGUUCAUCUCUGGAAUUGUGCAGUUGAUUAUAGACCAAUAAAUUUACCAAUUCAUACUCUGCUUCACACCAAGUGGCUCAGUUUGUCCAGUAAUAUUUUUGCUGAAUCAAUGUCCACUAUGCUCAGAUUUGAAUUUGAUCGUACUGGUUUGUUUAUAUCACAGAAAGCUGAAGAAAAUGUAACUUCUCUGAAAGAUUAUGUUUGUGUGGCUGACUGGGACAGAUUUGAACUCUCAUUGCGAACAAGCGGGGGAAAAGAAACUAAAAUUCCUAAGAAAGACGUAACAAUCACUAGUAAUCGUUUUAAUGUGCGAACCUGCUCAGAUUCUUGUGUGGCUUUGAUGGAAUUAAUUCAAUACAUUGCCAAUGAUGGAGACCUCCAAGAAAAUCUUGAUGAUUCUUUAUCUUCUACAAGUAAAUCUAAUAAUGAAGAUCUUGAUGUUUCAAUUCAUAAAACUACUGCUGACAAUGGUGAUAUUAACCCUACAGAUUUAGUACAUGAUAUGAUGGAAGAUGCUAUGAAGGAAUCCACUGUCCCAGAACAGAGUAAAGCAAGUCAUGGUAGCCAUUCUAAAAAGAGUUCAUCCAGCAAACGAACUACUACAGAGGUAUUCUUUGUUCCCCCAAACGAGGAUCAGCCUAUCUAUCCUACUCCAAAUGAGAAUGCUGGGAAUUUGGUAUCUUCAGAGAACUUAUCUUCAUCAUCCAGCUCAAAGUCACUCUAUAGCAGCAGUAUGUCAGAAGAAAACACUGAACUUGAUAUUGAUGAAGAUUAUUGUAUUCUUGAUGAUAUUGGAAUGGGAGUUGAGCCUCGGGAUAAUCGACCAGAGAUCAAAGUUCACAUAAAAGAGCCAUUAACAUUAAAGGAAAAUUUUUUCUAUCAACCCCUUGGAAGAACAGAUGCUCUCAAGUCACCUGAGCACUUCCCUGUUCCAGAAACACGCUACACUUUAAAAGAAAUGUCUAUUCACUGGUAUAUGUAUGCUGGUUCAGAUUUUGGCCCUGCUAAAAAAAAUUGUGACAAGAAUCAAAGAGCACAUGGCUGUGAUACUAGCAGAAACCUCCACAAUUACAGAUCUGAUCAAUCAGACUAUUAUAAAAAAAUUCACAAAGAACGAAAUGUUUCAGUAUCUCUGUAUGAUCUUGGUGGACCUGGGAGGGAAACAGAUAUUAUGAUGGAAUUACAACUGAUGAAGGUGCGUAUGCAACAUGAAACCUACCCUCCCAACUGUGAACAGGUGUCUCGACAGGUGUUACUCAUUAACGAGGUUGAAGUUUUAGAUCGGUUAACAUCCUCCCCAUAUAACAAAUUCCUUUACCAAUAUACCUCUGAAUCAACUCCUAAACAAACAUAUGCAAGUAUGUUGCUCAUCAAAGCUUUGCACACAUGUCCAGAUCCUGCUGUCCCUGCUGAAGAAUGUGCCCUUAAAAUAUCUGUUCAACCUAUCAAACUCAACAUUGACCAGGAUGCUCUCUUUUUCCUUAUGAAGUUUAUGUCUGAAAUUAUGAAUGGUUCCUCAUCAAUAGAUCACUUAAAGUCAAGGAAAUCUCCAGAACAUGAAUUGAAAGCUGAAAGUUCUCGGAGACGUUCUUCAAGUAAUGCACCUUUACCCAUAUUGAGUACAAAUAUUCAAGGACCACCGGCCAGUUCUGAAGAAGAUGAUAAACAACAGGAGAUGUUGAUAAAAUUUGAUAUCAAAGAAUCGAUUGAUCUUUCUUCAGAAUCUUCUACCUCUGUACCUUCUGAAAACAAGGAAAAUCGAACAAUGUCUCAACCCACCUAUUUCAGGUCUGUGAUAUUUUCUCCCGAUUUGCCCAUCCGUCUUGAUUACAAUGGUAAACGUGUGGAUAUGGAGCAGGGGACCAUUGCUGGACUCUUGGUUGGUUUAGCCCAGCUGAACUGUUCAGAACUAAAUCUGCGAGCAAUCAAUUAUAGACAUGGCUUACUAGGAAUCCAACGUGUCCUUGUAUCAAUGUUAACCGACUGGCUUGAUGAUAUUAAGAAAAAUCAAAUACCUCGCAUCUUAGGAGGAGUGGGACCUAUCCACUCAGUUGUACAAUUGAUCCAAGGCAUCAAAGACCUCUUCUGGCUGCCAAUAGAACAGUACAGACGAGAUGGAAGGAUUGUGCGUGGUCUCCAGAGAGGAGCCAGUUCUUUCACUACAUCUACUGCGAUGGCCAUGCUGGAACUUACAAAUCGACUGGUCAAGUCAAUACAAUAUCUUGCUAUGUUGACUUAUGAUAUGGUGUCUCCGGGGCCAAGUGUUUGCAGUACAUCACGGAAAAAGAACAGAAUUCAAAAACGCUCUAAACAACCUAAUGAUUUACGUGAAGGAAUGACCAAUGCUUACAUUGUAUUGCGCCAGGGAUUUUCUGAAACAGCUGAAAGUAUUGUCCGUGCUGCCACAGAAGAACAUGAACAUAAAGGAAUGACUGGUGCUGUUGGUGGUGUCAUUAGACAGAUACCACCAACGAUGGUGCAACCAAUUAUCUUAGCUUCUGAAGCUACUUCUAAUGUUCUAGGAGGUAUGCGAAAUCAACUUGUCCCUGAUGCCCGCCGAGAAGAUGUCGAGAAAUGGAAAGUCCCAACCAGUUGAAGUGAUAUCAAAGAAAAUAGAUUAAAUUGUGACUGAAAAAGAAAAAAAAAACACACAUAUAUAUAUAUAUAUAUAUAUAUAUAUAUAUAUAAAACCAUCCAAUUAUUUUUAAUUCUUGAAAUCUUAAUUCCAUAAAUAAGAUUUCAGCCACUUCCCAUUUCUGAAUGUUAUUAUAUAUUGUGUAUGUGUACAUAAAUUGGUUUUGUCUAACUUGCUUCCAAAUUUACUGCUCAUAUUUGCAUAUCUAUCUACCUACCUAUCUAUAUACAUGUGUGUGUGUGUAUAUAUAUAUAUAAAUAUAUAUAGAGAGAGAGAGAGAGAGAGAGAGAGAGAGAGAGAGCUCACACUACUACCAGUGGAAGCACAUUUUACACUGUUGACAACAUUUGUUCUUGUAUGGAAAUUUAAUUUUUUCCAUGAUAUAUCUGAAAUGAUAUGGUACGCAAAAUGUUUAAUUAGAAAACUGGCUUCCAUGUUGCCUUCCAUUAUGAGUUCUGUGCCCACAACACUAGCAAACACACACGCAUGCACAUACACACACACACACACACACACACACACAUAUAUAUAUAUAUAUAUAUAUGUAUGUAUAAAGUGUGUAAGUUUGAGUCUGUAUAGAUGUGUGUGUGCAUGUAUCAAUGUAUCAAUGCACACAUAAUAGAAUAUACCAUUAUGCACAAAACUUUUUUUUAAAUAAAGAUUAAUAAAAACUUAAAGGAACAUUUAUUCUUAUAAUGUC